UGAAAGUAAAUGUAAUAUAUGAUGUAACACACUAUAAAUUAUUAUUGCAUAUACACCGUAGGUUAAUUUCAAAACAAAAUUCAACUUAAAUUACUCCAAUGGGAGAUAGAUACCAAUCUUACUUUGUGAGCUUGUGUCAGCUGGAUGGAUGGAUGGAUGAAAGUGCCAAUUGAAUCUGAUGCCUUUCCCAUUUCUUUAGUUUUAUACUGCUCAUUUUCCCUUUUUGUUUCAACCUGGUACAAGUUGUGUUUUAAACUCCCCAUCAUUGUUCUUUUCUCCAAUGAUGUCAAAAAACAUCUAUAAAUAUAACACAACCUCUGCCAUAAUUUUGUGCGCUCAUUUUUUUUGUCUACUCCCUAUUUUUUCUUAGCUUCUCUUCAAAAUCUUCAACAUUUCCAACAAACAAACAAACACCAUGGCUAACCCGCCCCCAGUUCGUCCAUGGUUCCGCUUAACCUCCAUUCGCCCUGCGCCCACACCUGCACCCGCUCCAGCACCUGCUCCGGCACCUACUCCCGCACCUGCACCUGCUCCAGAGUCUCGCCCUACUAUGUCUCUACCUACAUUUAGGACUGCUUCAGCACCACCAUCGCCUCAUAAUCAGACUCGGCCUCAAGAAAAGAAAACAGAAAACACACCUUCAUCUCCACCUCAUAGAGUAAAUCAUAAUUCUUCAUCUUCUUCAAUGACAUCUUCUCCUAUUCAAAAGGCAACACAUUAUUCAAGUAGUUCUUCCCCAGAGAAAACUACCACCACCAAUUCCCGUGUUCCGAUUCCCACUCAAUCUCCAAAAACUAUUAAACAAACUGUUCAUAGCCCAAUGCAUUCUCCAAAUGCCAAAUCCAACUCUUCACCUCCCUCUCCUUUGACACUCCCACCUUCCCAAUUCAAAACUCAUGAAGAACAAUCUAAGAUACCAGUGGAGCCAGAGCCAAAAGCAGUGCUGGUUCAGAAAACCGUCGGCAUGCCUAACCCGUGGCACAACAAUGGCAAUGGUGAAUUGCAUAGGGAGACUCAAAAUCACAGCAAUGGUGAAUUCCACAGGGAGACUAAAAAUCACAACAAUUCUUCUGUUCAUGGAAAACAUAUUACUGUCAAAGGAAGAGAAACCAGCAAGGAGAAAAAGUUGUCAGAUUCUGAGGACUCUGGCAUGAGAGUGAUAACAAUUGCAGGGGAAAAUAGAGGAGCUUAUAUGGAACUAAUUCAAUCCCAAAAGAAAAACCAACCCAACUAUCUACACAAGAAAGGUAAUUCAAAUAAUAUCAAAGUUGAUGGUGGUGAAUCAGAGAGUUCAAGUGCUGAGGAAGGAAAAAUAAACAAGAAAGAUAAGAAUCACAAAGGGAGAACAAAAUCUUCAUUUCCAAUGGCUGCUUACAUGAACAGCAAUGUGCAGUGUGUGAAUAACUCUCUACUGUAUCACGCUUCUUGCUCCCAUCACGAUCCAGGAGUGCGUCUUUCUCUCUCAAAAAAGCCAUUUGGUGAUGGUUACCAUGUGAAGGAACAUGUUGAUGGCCGCAAUACUUGAUUCGAAGAUAGUGAUUUGGUUCUUUCUUUGUGUUUCUAGCUUAUGGUAUGGUGAAUAAAGGUUGAAGAUUCUGUCCACUACUGUCUUUGGUGGAAAAUAAAUGUAUGGACGCAUGCAUGCAUGACUUUGUCUUUAACCAGAUGCUUCCUUAAUUUUCAUAUGAUCGAAAGAUAGAAAUUAUGAAUCUGUCUAUUAAGAGGGGGAUAUUGGUUUAAUUUGUUUAUGGUUGGUAAUCCAUAUAGUUAUUUUAUUGAGACAGUGAUGUUUUGCAAUAAAUUUGUAACUCCUAUAAUGUUGUUUAUUCUGAUUGAAAAUUGUGUUUUGUUAAAGUUGAUGUAAUAUUGAAAUGAACUUUUAUACCU